UACCGGUCUUUGAAGGCCUAGCGGCAGCAUUCAUGGUGGUAUUCGGAAUCAGCAUCGUCGACUACCUAUAGUCCAGUCGGUUUCGUUGAAAAAGCGAUUUAUCAGUUGGGGAUCAUUCCUCGUCAGAUGAUAACUAUUUCGUAUUUCACAUACACAUCGAGCAGUUGUAUGGUUACUUUUCUUCUCAUGUUUAGUGUCCGAGUGGCAGUUCAAGCAUAAAAGGCUGGUCUACGGUAUCAGGCGAUAUUGCAGUUGGAGGUGAUUCAGAUAACUGUUACUUCUUUUCUACUAGUGGCAAUUCAUCACGUAUGGAGCAAGUGGUUGGAGUGGAUGAUUUUUCUAUGUUAGUUACUAAUAACCAAGCUUUAUUCAAUCUAUCAGCUUAUUUUGAUGAACGUUGUUCCAGGAGAGAUGUUGAAGUCAUCUUAUUUUUCUCAGCGACAGAGCUUUUGGCAAUAAUGCCAAACUCGAUUAUUAGUAGGAUUGCGCUCGAAUCUGGUCCUAAUGAAAAAAUGCACAGCGGCAUUUCUGGAACUGGUGAUCUUUCGUUUACAGGAAUUAUACCGAAUAAAACUAAAUUUCUGAUUGUUCUAGUGCAGUUCUUGAAUGAUAAUAGAAAUUGUUUUUGUGAUAAUAUUGAUCUGCGUAUUAUUGCAGCGAAAAAGGAUGAAACAAAUAAAAAUUUACCAAAUGAUCAAAAGUUUUAUAAACCAGUUUAUAAAUCAGGAAACGAUUCAAAACUAAAUGCUUUACAUUAUCUUGGUAAUAUUGAAAUUGGUGCUUUGCUCAAACAACCACCACUUCUAAAUAUAUUAAUUGAAAAUUUAAAUGAACAAGUAAAAGAGAAGCAGACGAAUCAUGUAUAUCAAACUUUAAUUAGCAAUGCAAAUGCUGUCAAAACAAAAUUAAACAAGAGUAUCAUCCUUCACGUGGAUUCAGAAAAUUGUGCAAAAGUAAAUGAUAAAUGUAUCUUGAUAACGGAUAAUGAAAUUAAUAAUCUUUUUAAAAAUGGUUUUAAACUGGAGUCUCCACAAAUGGCUCAGUAUCGAUGUUGGAACCAUCCGAUAAAGAAUAUUUAUCGUAAUGCAAUGAAACGAAGUGAUCAGUUAGCUGAACAAGCGCGUGAGGAUGAAGAACUGGACGAAAAAGAAUAG